AUGCUUGUUAGUGGAAAUUUGCGGAGCACAGUUCGAGCGGAGGCUGCGGGGGACGAGGGAGAAGCGGGGGAUGCGGGGAGUGGGGGAGUACAGUUUGCUCGAAGGCUGAGCGGAGGGACGUUACGAGCAGGGAAAGGAGGGGAGGGGCGAGAAGGGGGUGGUGGUGGUAACCCGUUGGCGAAAGGGACUGGGCUUCGCCUGCAAUUCGAUGUUUCGCUGCACAUCCGAACAGGGGACUGCCCCUUCCCCUUUCCUCCUUCCCCUUCCCUAACCACCUUCCCCCAACCAUUUCCCCCAACCACUUCCCCAACCUCCCUUCACCCGACCACCUUCCCCCCCACCACCUUCCCGAACCACUUUUCCUGGGCCACCUUCCCCCGAACCACCUUCCCCCCGAGCUUUGGGCUGCCCCAUUGCGGAGAUUCUGAUGCUGCCUGCCUGCUACAGCGCAGCCACGUGGCACAUGACGUGGCAUCCCUCUUCCUGCAGGCGUCCCAUUGGCUCUGCCUCUCCUCCCUGCUCCAGCUGUUCCGCUUCCGCAAAUGGGCGGCAGAGUUGCGGGCGGCAGACAUGCGAGCGGCAAGCAUGGGUGUGGAAGAUGAGCGGGUGGCGAAGAAGGUGGACAGGCGGUGGGCUUUAUUGGCAGCUAGUGAGGAGUGGGUGGCAAAGACUGAGGCUUCACUGUCACUUGGCACACGGGUGGCGAAGCAGGUGAGAGGGGAGAAGAGGAGGGAAGAGGACGGGAGAGGAGGGCAAAGGGGCAGAGAGGAGAUGAGAGGAGGGAAAUGCUGUAGUGGCGGGGAAAUGAGAGUGGGUGGCAAAGACUGA